AAGGAGGAGAAGGGAAAGAAAAAUGCUGAAAAGUUUACUGAAAUUGUAACGACCACAGGAAGUGGGAAGAAAGUGAGAAUUAGCUGUGGUGGAGAAAGCAAGAAAAGUUUUGGGCCAUCCGUUGGUUUAGGGAACUCGGAAAUCUUCUCCCUCCUAGACUCAGGGGACGAGGAGGAGGAGGAGGAGCAUGAGGAGCCCGCCCCCUCCAGGAGAGGGAAGAAGGAGAUUAAACCUUCAAGGAGGAGAUCUGAGGUGGCCAAAUCAAAACCUAAAUCUCCUGAAGUAGUCAAGCCUCGUGCUCGACGUGCAAGCAUAGCAGUAAUUGAGAAAAGAACUGAACUCUCUGGGCCAAAAAAGAAAUCUCUCACCAUGUCUGAAACUAAGAAGACGAAGAGAGUUGUUGUGGUUGAAACUAGUUCAGAGGAAUCAGAAUCUGACUCAGAUUUCGAGGAUUCUCCAACUUACAAGAAAAAGUUCGGAAAAAACAAAAAGGAGAGCAGUAGUGAGGAAAGUAAUGCUAGCGAGGAUGAAGAAACGAAAAGGAAGACUAAAACUAAGAAGAAAACUGUCGCAGUUGUAACACCUCGAAGAAAAUCCACCAAACUACUGGAACGUCGUGUAUUUACUCCCGGAGUUGCGCAGCGCAAAGCCCCGGUCAAAUCUUCGUUAAAUCCUCUAGUAGAAGCACAACUUCGUCUUCAUGUGUCAGCAGUACCUGACUCACUACCCUGUAGAGAAGAAGAAUUCGCAGAGAUCUUUGGUUAUGUUGAGAGUAAGCUUCAGGAGGGUACUGGUGGAUGUAUUUAUAUCUCAGGUGUGCCUGGUACGGGUAAAACUGCAACGGUUAAGCAAGUUAUAAGAUAUAUGGAGGAUAACAGAGAUGAGUUUCCGGAUUUUAAUUUCUUUGAACUGAAUGGAAUGAGAUUAACCUGUCCUGAACAAACAUAUGUGGAGAUGUGGAGACUCCUUACAGGUGAGAAGUUAGUACAUGAGCAAGCGAUGAAGAAACUAGACACCAGAUUCUCUACCCCCGCCCCCCGCCGGACCCACACCAUCUUCCUUGUGGACGAGCUCGACAUGCUCUGUAAGAAGAAGCAGACCGUCCUCUACAAUAUAUUCGAGUGGCCCAGCAGGCCCCAGGCCAAGGUUGUGAUUAUCGCGAUUGCGAACACGAUGGAUUUACCGGAAAGAGAUAUGGAUAUGCGAGUUAUUAGCAGAUUGGGAUUCAAUCGGCUCCAUUUCGAGCCGUAUAAUCAACAGCAGCUGCAGUGUAUAGUCUCCAGUAGACUGGAGGGUCUUGAGGUCUUUCAGUCCGACGAGAUUCAACUUGUUUCAAGAAAGGUUGCUGGUCUCUCCGGGGAUGCAAGAAGAGCUCUGGAUAUCUGUAGAAUCCUAGCAGAGAGAUGUGAGAGGGAAGGAAGAGAUAGGGUAACCCAGGUGGACGUAUUGAAGGUUCACCGUGAGAUGUUCACUAGCUCUAAGAUGAUGUAUAUUCGGACCUGUAGCCAAUUAGAACAAUUCUUUCUCAGGUCGAUGGUGAAUGAGUUCUAUAAGACAGGAGUUGAAGAAACUACACUCAGAAAUAUAUCCAUCAGGUUUGAUGAAACCUGUGCCAGUGAAGGAGUAAAAUCUCCCUCUCUCCAUGGUUUGGUUAGUGUAGCAGUCAGGUUGAGUUCCCAACGGUUAGUUCUAUCUGAGGAUUAUAGAAAGGGACUGGACACUAAACUUAGAUUGAACGUAGCCUUUGAAGAUAUUAACUUUGCCCUCAAUGCGAGAAAUAUAUAAAAUCCUCAUCAUAAUUAAGAUAUAUUUGGAUGGUUUUCCAGCUGUUUCAAGAGUAAUAGGAUGCCAAAGUAUGGACUGGAAUGAGAUUUUUAUAUUAGCUUAAUUUUUAUGAAAUGAAAACUCGGGAGUUUCCCUGAAAAUUACUUUUAUUGUCUUGAUAUCCAUUAAUAUUAUAUCUCGUUCCAUCUAGAUCGAAAAUUAAAUUGUCAUAAAAACAUGAAACAUUUAUGUUAAAUUAAUAAUAACCAUCAAUUUUUCCUUCACACAUUUUGAGAAUAUUGUACAUUGUCAAGUACCAUUUCUUUUAAUUACUGUACACAACUUCAAAUGUUUGUAUAAGGAUGAAGUUAACGCAUUUAAAAAUGAAUUAAUUUAAGCCAGAACAUCUGUCCGAAAAUUGUACCUAAUGAGCAUUUCGAUAGUUUUAAUUUAAACAGCCGUCUUUUGAAAUGACCCUGUGCUCAAUGCCAUAGUUUCCUUGAUUUCAGAAAAAA